GAUUAGUACCCACACGAAGCGGCUGAUGCAAUCGCAUGCAAUACACACAGUUACACACUAUAAAUUUCUGGACAAUGAAUUGUAGUGCUUUGUAGAAAUUGAUUUCUGGCAAAGCUAAAGGAUUGUGAUUAUUUCGUUGGAUUUUUUUUGGAAUUCACUCGGACUUGGAGACAGCAAUGGCUGAUGAUCUAGAUAGUGGUUUCAACCCGAGCAUGAAGAAAAAGAAAAAAAAGACGAAGAAGAUCGUCGAUUUCGACCCAACGGACGAGGUGGAAGAAAAGAUCAAAAAUGUGGAUCUUUCCAACAAUCAAGACACGAACAAAGAAAACGAAAUAAUCGAGGAGGCGAAUGAUAAACAAAUCGAUGACGACAUGAACUUUGAUGACUUCUCAUCAAUGAAAAAGAAGAAGAAGAAAAAGCCAAAGAAAGGCUUUGAAGAGGACACAGAAAUAACGAAUCAAGACGACGUCGUAGAAAAUAACGGAGUCGAUGAAAACAACCUAGUUUAUUCAAAAAAGAAAAAGAAACGAAGAGAAAAAGUCCAAGAUAGUGAAAUAAAACCAGAUAAAGUAGAUGAUGAAGAAGAUACUGCACCUGCUGAGGAAGAAAAAGAAUACACUUAUGAAGAGCUGUUGACGAGAGUCUUUGAUACAAUGAAGGCGAAGAAUCCCGACGCUGUGGCUGGCGAAAAACGUAAAUUCAUUAUGAGGCCGCCUCAAGUUUUCAAAAUUGGAACUAAGAAAACGUCCUUUGCAAACUUUGGUGAUAUUUGUAAAAUUUUGCACAGACAACCGAAACAUUUGCUGGCUUAUUUAUUGGCCGAGUUGGGCACUAGUGGUUCGAUUGACAGCAACAAUCAGCUGAUAAUUAAAGGACGUUUCCAACAGAAACAAAUUGAAAGCGUUCUCCGAAGAUACAUAAAGGAAUAUGUCACUUGUCAUACAUGCAGAUCACCUGACACCAUUCUUCAAAAAGAGACAAGGUUGUUCUUCCUUCAAUGCGAAACUUGUGGAUCGCGUUGCUCCGUCGCCAGCAUAAAAUCUGGUUUCCAGGCCCUGACAGGACGUCGUGCCGCGCUUAAAAGCAAACAGCAAUAAAAUCACGCAUUCUUUUCGUAGGCAAUUUGAUACAUUUUACAAUUUCACUUUUAAAUGGUUGAAAAAGACAAAUUUGGAUCGAUGCACAGCCAUUACGCGACAUGAAAAUGAAACCGGAAAUCAGAGAUGUCACGUUUAAGGAACUGUUUUCUAGUCAUGUCACUGUUCAUGGUCAUUCAUACGAAUGCCCAAAGAAUUUUGCCUAUCUUACGUAUUUCGAAAACGGAAGUCAAGAAAUUAGUUGGGACAAAUUAUGCGAAAUUGACCUGACCUAAUAAGAUAUUUUUUGAAUUAUAUUGAUAACGUUUUCGAAUUAAGUGAGAUGAAAUGUGGCCAUCGAAGAAUGACAUUUGUUUGUCAGUCAUCAUUAGUUAGAAUUUUCAGCGAUUUCUCAUUGACCUUCAGAUUUUUUUGUGAGAAGACAGAUAAAUAAAUGAACAACAUAAUAUUUGUUACCUCUAUUCAUCUGGUAAAGUUGCGAAGCCAGCUCGUUUUUUUUGCUCCUACAUUGCAAAUAUAGUUGUUUAACUAUAACUUGAAACACAAUGAAUGGAUUUAAUUUUUUAAAGCAAUGGAUGAUAAUUUACGUGAAAAAUUUGCAUUGCAGAAGUAAAAGAUCAGGCUAGCUUCGGCUUGCCUUGUAUGGGAAAAAAAUAAAUGGUUUCUAGUUUCUAAUCAAAAUAGAACUAUACCAGAACGCUUUACGAAUUAAGUAAAUUAAUGAAUUAACUGCGCAAAUGCAAA